AUGGCAUCGAGUAGCAAGUUUUGGAAGGAUGCGUGUAUGUGGAAUGAGCCUCUUGCGGAUUACUGGAUGGAGGGCAACGGUGGUGGGUCGAAUCCACAGGACACAAUGUUUGAUACUAGAGUGGAGGAAGAUGCUGAGUUAUCCGAUUGGGAAGGAAGGGGGGCUUCAAUGUUGCCCGGAUUUUUGGGUUUGGAUGGGUUGCGAGCAGAAAAUGUUCUUGAAAUGGAGUUCUCUUCACCUCAGGAGGCAGGCGGCUUCUAUAACAAUUACAGCCGACUAAAGGGCUUUACAUCACGGCGAGGCAAGACUGUUAGAAACACUGCCGGAGAGAUCGUGUGGUACACUUUUGUUUGUAAUAGGCAAGGAUUUCGAGAGAAGAAAUGGUUGGAAAAGGUUGAUCGCAAAAGGGAGCAUAAGGUAGUAACCCGAUGUGGAUGCAUGGCGGAGAUGAGGAUAAAGAGGAAAGACGGUAGUGGGAGGUGGUAUGUAUCGCGUUUUGUCGAGGAGCAUAACCACGAACUUGCGUAUGGGAAGCUUGUUGAUUAUCUGCGGUCACACAGGAAGAUAUCUGAGGUAGAAGUUGCUCAACUAACAAGCAUGAGGGAGAUUGGGAUUAGCAUACCUAAGAUUUAUGAGUCUUUCGCAGCACAACUAGGGGGUUUUAAUCUGGUAACAUUCACAAAGCAAGAUAUGUAUAAUGAGAUACGGAAACAGAGAGGUCUGCAAGGCGGAGAUAUAAGUGCGGCUAUUAGGUACUUGGAAGGUCUGGCAGGCAUGGAUGGGAAAAUAUUUUGGCGUUACAAGUUGGGGGGCAGGGCAACACCUAUGCAACUUGUUUUGGAGCGACGGUCGUUGCCAGGAAGAUUAUGGGAUUUUCGGCGAUGUGCUAGCAUUCGACGCUACGAGUCAUAUAUUUGGGUUCUUCGCCAGUUUAUGGAAUGCAUGCAAGGUAAGGCACCGCAAUCGGUCAUCACGGAUGGCGACCCGGCCAUGCGGAUAGCAAUCCAGUCUGUAUUUCCUGAUGCACAUCAUCGGUUGUAUGCCUGGCAUCUGCUGAGGAAUGCGACUGCUAACAUAAGCGACCCGAGAUUCACACAAAUGUUUAGACACUGCAUGUUGGCAGAUAUGGAAAUCGAUGAGUUCGAAGCACAUUGGGAGGCAAUGGUCAACGAGUGCGGUGUUAGGGAGGUUGAGUGGGUUAAGGAUUUGUACACCAAAAAGCACGCUUGGGCCACCGCAUACAUCCGCGGUAGAUUUUUUGCUGGAGUACGGACGACCUCUAGGUGCGAGUCACUACAUGCCAAACUAGGGAGGUUUGUCGAGAGCAGGUACGGGGUGUUAGAAUUUGUAAGAAAUUUUCAAAGGUGUGUGGAUUUUCUGCGUGACAUCGAGGACGAGCUAGAAUUUCGUUCAUGGUACGGAACACCUGUGCUACAAACAGAGUUUGUUGAGCUGGAAAAGUCCGGGUAG